GUGGUGUCGAAUCUGCGCCGCGGAACGUAAAGGUCGGGACUCGCGAUGACGUCACGCGGCGAUCAUCAGCUGGAAGUUUCCUCUCCGGUUUAACUCGUUAUUAUUAUUAUUAUUGGCGCUUUACUAAACCUUAACCUGUCAACUCAGCGUGGGGUCACGUUACUGAAUUGUCGUGUUCGAGCACAUAUCUUCAAGCUACUUUGAAUCCACUUGUAGAGUCUGCCCGGGGACGCGUCUUGUCCCUGACAUCUGCGAGAUGUCCAGUCAUUUCCGCAGCUACGUCUGGGAUCCGGUCCUUAUCGUCUCUCAGAUUAUUCUGAUGCAGGCCAUCUACUACAGCUUCUUGGGUUUGUGGUUGGCUGGUGUUGAUGGUUUGGUACAGACCAGUAGAUCACUUGACCAGAUAUUCAGUUAUGAGGUGCUUGGUUUUUCAACAACACAACGUCGCCUCUCGAUGAUGGCGUUCAUUCUGAACUCUCUCACAAGUGCUCUUGGCCUGUGGUUUUUCAUCCGACGGGGAAAGCAGUGCUUGGACUUUACCAUCACGGUGCACUUCUUUCACAUGAUUGGCUGCUGGAUCUAUAACGCCCACGUCCCGGCUGCUCUAUCGUGGUGGUUGGUCAACGUGGCCUGCAUGGCACUAAUGGCUGUCAUUGGCGAGUACUUGUGCAUGCGGACAGAGCUCAGAGCCAUUCCAGUAAACACUGCACCCAAAUCCAACCUGUGAGAACUCUACAGAGACGGAGAUUGAGCACAGCUGGCAUGUGUGAUGCUGAACCCUCGGACUGGACUGGACUGACGUGUGGACUAAUGCUGCUGUGGUUUUUCCAGAGUGUCCAGAUGGAAGGAUAACAGGCCCUGUGGGGCAACAGAAAUGCCUGGGUUUUAGUGAUGUAAUAGUCACCUCACUGUAUUUAAUCAUAAUCAUGUCUAAUGGCGGAUGGGGCAUUAAAUGCUCGGAAAGGACUUUGCAUUUUCAAGCCGUAAUGUGUGGCGUUAAUAAUGAUCUACUGGGACUUCCUUUAACCAGCGUUAAUCCACAGUUCUCAUCCAUUUAAACGCAUUAUUGUGAUUCUCUUGUUUAGGACCAACAUUUUUGCUUAUAUUAUAGAAAUUAUGACAGAUGUGGUUUUACUUGUGCAGAAACCUCCCAGGUCUUGCGUUAUCGUGAGAGUAAAAUAUGGUGUGAUGCUUAAUGGUUACAAUAAACUUUUACAGUGUCUUAAAGGUCAGUUUAAGGUCAACAGUAAAAAAAAUGUCUUAUUUACUUUCCACAUGAUGCUGAUUCUGUUGUGCACCAUCCUUCAUUACACAAUUACAAUAACUUUGCCUGUAGUUAAUGUUUUGAUUUAAUGCUGGUUCAUCUCAUACUGUUCACAGCAAAAAAAAGAUUUAAAAACAAGUGUUGCCAUAGAGAUUUGUCAAGUUUCACCCACUUAUUUCCUCAUUGUGUAUGCAUUGUCACUUGAUAAAUAUCCCAUACGACAGUAUCAUGGGUAUCAUGCGUUAGAUUCGGGUUGAGGUGCAAUCUGUUUUCCAUUUCAGAUUGGCUUGAAAUAAGUGAAGAGGCAAAAAGCUGUUUGCUCAUACUUGUUGGUUCUCUGUCGCAAUAAAGUUAUUGGAAUAUGUAUGUAAUUUUAUAAUCGGGCUCAUUUUGCUUAGUAAGUGAUGUAUACAGUGCCCUCCACUAUUAUUGGCCCUUGGUAAAUAUGAGCAAAGAUGGCUGUGAAAAUAAAUCUGCAUUGUUUCUCGUUUUGAUCUUUUAUUUUAAAAAAUCUGCAAAAUUCGAACAUUUCAUUGAAGGAAAAUAAUUUGAAGUAGGGGGAAUAUCACAUUGUAAAAAAAGUUUUUCUUCCAUACAUGUUGGCCACAAUUAUUGACACCCUUGUAUUUAAUACACUUCGCAACCUCAAUUUAUAAAAAACAGCUCUUGAGUGUUCACUUUUCAGUCAGAUGUGAGGCUUGAGAAUACAUUGAGAGUCAUCCGAGUCCAUUCCUCCAUACAGAAUUUCUCCAGAUCCUUCAGAUGUUAGUGCUCUCUUAUGUUCAGUUCAUCCCACUCAUGUUCAUAGUGUUCAGAUCAGGGAACUGGGAUGGCUGUGGCUGGAUCUUGAUUUUGUGUUCAGCGACUCAUUUCUCCUUGAUUUUGAUGUUUAUUUUGAACCAAUGUGCUGAUGGAAGAUCUAACCACGACCCAUUAUGAUAUUUCUAGCAGAGCAGUCAGGUUUUGAUUUUUAUAUCUGUUGGUAUUUGAACAAGAUGUCCAGAACCUCUGGUAUAAAAGUAGGUCCACAACAAUAAGAUCUGGUGGUAUAUUACCUGGACAUGCGGCACUUUUUUAUGCACCAAAUCUUGUUAUUGCUGCCAAAAAACUCUUUCAUUUCAUAUGGCCAUAGAACCCAGUCCUGGUUGAAGUUCCAGUAUGGCAGAUGAAUGUGGUGGUUUAUUUUUGCAUGAGAGCAGAAGAUUUGUUUCUUGAACAGUGUCCCAAACAACUUGUGGUGAUGGAGGUGUAGUUUUCCAGACGCUUUUAUCCAAAGAUUUUGUCAACAUGUGAAACAGUACCGUUAGUUCACAAGGCCAUGCUACUAGAGGAUUAAAGCUGGAGGAAGCAAAGGAGAGAAUGAACAACAAGAGUUUUUUUUAGACAGUCAGACAGUUAUUAGUUCGUCAAAUAAAUGCGGAACAGGUGUGUUUUGAGCUGUUUAUUGAAACUUGUGAAGGAUGCUGCAGUUGGGAUGGAGGCUGGUAGUUCAUUCCACCAAAGGGGAACCCAAUGUGUAAAGGUUUUGCAAGCGAUUUGGUGCCUCGCUGUGACGGAACAACCAGGCGUUGCUCAUUUUCAGACCGAAGAUGACGGGAGGGGAUGUAGAACUGGAGCAGUGAGUUAAGGUAAAAGGGCCGUUAUCGUUCUGAAGGCCAGUGUCAGAGAUUUCAACUUGAUGCGGGCGGCAACUGGCAGCCAGUGAAGUGAGAUCAGGACGGGUGUUACAUGGGUUCUUUUGGGCUGAUUGAAAACUAGACAUGCAGCUGCAUUCUGGAUCAUUUGCAAGGGCUUGACUGCAUUGGUUGGAAGGCCGGCGAGUAGAGAAUUGCAGUAGUCCAGUCUUGCUUUGACCAGAGCUUGGACGAGCAGCUGAGAGGCAUGCUCCGACAGGAACGGCCUGAUUUUCCUGAUGUUGUAGAGCACAUACCUGCAAGUUGCUGCGAUGUGGGAGAUGAAUUUCAGCUGGUCGUCAAGCAUCACCCCCAGGUUCCUCGCAGACUUGGUGGGUGUUAUAGUUGAGGAUCCGAGCUGAAUGCUAAGGUGGUGUUCAAUUGAUGGGUGGGCCGGUAUAACCAGGCGUUCUGUCUUGGAGAGGUUGAGACGUAGGUGAUGCUCUUUCAUCUAAGAAGAGAUGUCCAGAAGGCAGCCAGAGACAUGAGCAGAGAUGGUGGGGUCAUCUUGUUGAAAAAGAAAUAAAGCUGCGUGUCAUCUGUAUAAAAAUGGUAUGAGGUAGUGUAUAUAGAAAAGAGGAGAGGAGCAUUGUUUCAUUUCCUUUUCGAUCCACUUUCUAUUUUGUGUAGCUCAACAAUCUUUUGCUGCACAUAUACUUGGGAGAUAUUUUACUAGAAUUUCUAGGGGUGCCAAUAAUUGU